CUGCUGCUAGAAGAAUACGCUAACAGCGACCCCAAACUGGCACUUACAGGCAUCCCCAUCGUCCAGUGGCCCAAGAGAGAUAAGCUAAAGCUCCAGGCCCGGCUGAGGGUGCGCCUGCCCACCAUCCCCAUCACCAAGCCGCACACCAUGAAGCCAGCCCCUCGCCCGACACCCGUCAGGCCUACGGUCUCUCCCAUUGUGUCAGGCGCCCGGCGGAGGCGGGUGCGGUGCCGAAAAUGCAAGGCUUGCAUGCAGGGCGAGUGUGGCAUGUGCCACUAUUGCAGGGACAUGAAGAAGUUUGGUGGACCUGGCCGCAUGAAGCAGUCCUGCGUCCUCCGGCAAUGCUUAGCGCCUAGGCUGCCUCACUCGGUCACGUGUGCACUUUGCGGGGAGGUGGAUCAGAAUGAGGACUCGCAGGACUUUGAGAAGAAGCUCAUGGAGUGCUGCAUCUGCAACGAGAUUGUUCACCCUGGCUGCCUGCAGAUGGAUGGGGAGGGGCUGCUCAACGAUGAGCUCCCUAACUGCUGGGAGUGCCCCAAAUGCUACCAGGGUGACGAUGCAGAGAAGGGCCAGAAGCGGAAGGUGGAGGAGAGCGACGACGACACGGCACAAGCCAAGGUGCUGCGGCCCCUGCGGAGUUGCGAGGAGCCCCUGACCCCCCCACCAAACUCGCCCACCCCCGCCACUGAGCGAACCAUGGUGAGGGAGAAGGAGAACAACCCCAGCGGGAAGAAGGAGCUGUCGGAGGUAGAGAAGGCCAAGCUGCAUGGCUCUUACCUCACUGUGACACUCCAGCGCCCCACCAAAGACGUCCACGGCACUUCUAUCGUCCCCAAGCUGCAAGCCAUCACGGCCUCCUCUGCCAACCUGCAGCACUCUCCUCGCGUGGUCAUGCGCCACGCACCCACCAGGAUGCCCUUGCGGGGUGGGGGGGAGGAGGAGGCAGCCGCCGAGGAGGAUGAGGAGGAAGAGGAGGAGGACGACGAGAACACGGAGGGGACCUGGUACAAGUGGUGCUGUGACAAGAGAUUGUGGACAAAGAUAGAUUUGAGCAGGUGCAAGUCCAUCACUCCCCAGGCACUGAGCGGCAUUAUCAAAAGACAGCCAGUCAGCCUCGACCUCAGCUGGACCAAUAUCUCCAAAAAACAGCUUACGUGGCUCGUCAACAGGCUGCCAGGCCUGAAAGACCUCAUCUUAGCGGGCUGUUCCUGGUCUGCGGUCUGUGCUCUUAGUACCUCCAGCUGCCCCCUUCUCAGGACCCUCGAUCUUCGGUGGGCAGUAGGAAUCAAGGACCCUCAGAUCCGCGACUUACUCAUGCCUCCAACAGACAAACCCAGUCAGGACAAUCGCAGCAAACUCCGCAACAUGAUUGAUUUCCGGCUCGCCGGCCUGGACAUCCCCGAUGCCACGCUGCGGCUGAUCAUCCGCCAUAUCCGCGUCGCCUCCAGCCCCUGCAACCACCUUCCGGACCAGUCGGCCAACCUCCUCACGGCCAUGGGCUCUUCCACACGCAGCUCCCUCACCGAGCUCAACAUGGCAGGCUGCAAUAAGCUGACGGACCAGGCCUUGCUGUACCUGCGCCGCAUCUCCAACGUCUCUCUAAUUGACCUGCGAGGUUGCAAACAGAUCACCCGCAAAGCCUGUGAGCACUUCAUCUCGGACCUGUCCAUCAACAGCCUCUACUGCCUGUCCGAUGAGAAGCUGAUUCAAAAAAUCAGCUAG